GCUUCCCUGCUCCCUCCUCCUCCCGCCCCCUCGGAGCCCCCUCCUCCGCCCUGGCCAGCCGGCAUGCAGGUGUCAAUCGCAUGUACUGAGCAGAACCUUCGCAGCCGGAGCAGUGAGGACCGUCUGUGUGGACCCCGGCCGGGCCCCGGGGGCGGUAACGGCGGGCCGGUCGGCGGGGGGCAUGGGAAUCCUCCGGGGGGAGGAGGCUCGGGCCCCAAGGCCCGGGCCGCGGUGGUCCCCCGACCCCCAGCGCCCGCUGGGGCCCUCCGAGAGAGCACCGGCCGAGGCACUGGCAUGAAAUACAGGAACCUAGGAAAGUCUGGUCUUCGGGUGUCCUGUCUUGGCCUAGGUACCUGGGUCACUUUUGGUUCUCAGAUCUCAGAUGAGACAGCAGAGGAUGUCCUGACAGUAGCCUAUGAGCAUGGCAUAAACCUGUUUGACACGGCCGAAGUGUACGCAGCAGGAAAGGCUGAAAGAACCCUCGGCAACAUCCUCAAGAACAAAGGUUGGAGGAGAUCAAGCUACGUUAUCGCCACCAAGAUUUUCUGGGGAGGACAGGCAGAAACCGAGCGAGGCUUGAGCCGCAAACAUAUCAUUGAAGGCUUGCGAGGAUCCCUGGAACGCCUCCAGUUGGGAUACGUGGACAUCGUCUUUGCCAAUCGCUCAGACCCCAACAGUCCCAUGGAGGAGAUCGUGCGAGCCAUGACCUAUGUCAUCAACCAGGGCCUGGCCCUAUACUGGGGGACAUCCCGAUGGGGGGCUGCAGAAAUCAUGGAGGCCUACUCCAUGGCCAGACAGUUCAAUCUGAUUCCUCCAGUGUGUGAACAAGCUGAGCACCAUCUGUUCCAGAGAGAGAAGGUGGAGACGCAGCUGCCAGAGCUCUACCACAAGAUUGGUGUUGGCUCAGUCACCUGGUCCCCUCUGGCUUGUGGCCUCAUCACGAGCAAGUAUGACGGGCAAGUCCCAGACACCUGCAAGGUCACCGUCAAGGGCUACCAGUGGCUCAAAGACAGGAAAGUGCAGAGUGAGGACGGCAAGAAGCAACAAGCCAAAGUCAUGGACCUUCUCCCCAUCGCUCACCAGCUGGGCUGCACUGUGGCACAGCUUGCUAUUGCGUGGUGUCUCCGCAGUGAGGGUGUCAGCUCGGUCUUGCUGGGGGCGUCCAGUGCAGAGCAGCUGAUGGAACACCUGGGCGCCCUACAGGUGCUGAGCCAGCUGACUCCGCAGACCGUGAUGGAGAUUGACGGACUCCUGAGCAACAAACCGCACCCCAAGAAGUAGUCCGUCGGGGCCGCAGGGACCCCCAAACCGGAGCCGCUGCACCCCCCGCCCCCAGCCCCAGUCGCUCUUGCCCGCCCCCCUCUCGCUGCUCGGGAUCCCUCCGCGCAGCCGCGGCGGCAGCGGCGGAGCCAAGGCGUCCCCGCCCACUAACGAGUUCCGGCUUCGGCUUCGAGUAGCGGUCGCAUGAACCAAGCCAUAUCCUCCCGCAGUGGGGCCUGAGAGGAAAAGUAGUCCGCCGCCCCCUGCCGCGUUCUCCCAGGCCCUCUUGCUAAUCCUGGCGGCCCCUUCUCCACCAGUUGGUCUCGCUCCCUUCCCUCUUCCCCUAAUUGUCGAGGCCCAGGGGAAAAAAACACCCAGGCAAAGAUACAAGACCCACGCAGAGUACCUCAAAAGUGGCCCCUGAAAUGUCAUCAAGGGGUAACAACCUAAAAAGAAGUGGGCUAUGAUGUCUUCUGGGACAAAGGAAAUGGGGGCUCUUACCUUAUGCGACACAAAGGAAGCCAGGCUGGUCCUGGCAGGACGUAAAUGAUAAUCUUUGGGAAACCAGGACCCAGCCUCAGCCAGGAGUUAGAGGAGGGCUUAAAACAAGAACUAGCGGUGAUACUUUGUUCUUGCCCGGAGGGGCAGGGUGGGGAGUACGGUGGCACUAGGGAAAUCGGAUGGCCCAUGGACAGUGUGUCCUGGCAAGAGUGGCCAGGAAGACCCUUGGAAAGCAGUUGUGCCGCUUCACAGGCAACGGGGACAGCCAUUAAGUCACAGCAGAGAACUGGCGCUGACAUACAAAGUUCAAGGAGGAGCCCUGAGCAGGCCUUCCCACCAGACGGUGGGGGGGCUGCGGCCUUCCUCCCAGCAAUGCUCUCAAAGCACUAAGGAAGGCCCCUCUCGUGUAAGACUUCCCAGGGAACUGUAAAUAAAAUCGCAGCUUCAUCAUCACC